AUGGUCUUGAAACCGUUCCAUACAGAUGCCCUGAACGGCUUAUGUUCUAAGGAUCAGCUAGAUCUACUGGACGCCGUUGACUGUCUCCGUUCGCAAGGCAUCAGUCAUUAUGUCUCAUUGCCACAGAUCAUCGUAUGUGGGGACCAGUCAUCUGGGAAGAGCUCCGUGCUAGAAGCAAUUUCGGGUGUAUCAUUUCCGAUUAAGAGCAACUUGUGCACUCGAUUUCCGAUAGAAUUAGUCCUCCGCAAGACUUCGCACAUUGGCGUAACCGUGUCAAUCGUCCCGCAUCACUCGCGAAGCGAAUCCGAGCAGCUCUCCCUCAGUAGCUUUCACGAGAAGCUAGAUGGCUUCGAUGGGCUUUCAACUCUGAUUGAGGCCGCAAAAGAAGUUAUGGCAAUCUCAACGCAUGGCAAAACUUUCUCGAAGGACCUCCUUCGUGUUGAGGUCUCAGGUCCCGAUCGGCCUCACUUGACCAUUGUGGACCUACCCGGACUCAUCCACUCCGAAACGAAGCAGCAAUCUGCUUCUGAUGUCGAGCUGGUACAAGACGUUGUUCAGGCCUAUAUGAAGGAACCCAGAAGCGUCAUUCUCGCGGUGGUCUCGGCGAAGAACGACUACGCGAACCAGAUUGUCUUAAAGCUCGCACGCUCUGCUGAUAAAGGGGGCAAUCGAACGCUGGGCGUCAUCACAAAGCCGGAUACUCUGAUCCCUGGAUCCGGGAGUGAAGCCAUGUAUGUCUCCCUUGCAAGAAACCAGGACGUCGAGUUCCGUCUUGGAUGGCAUGUUUUGAAAAACAUGGACUCCGAAACGGGAGUAUGGACGUUGACUGAUCGCGACAUUAAGGAGGAAGAAUUCUUCUCUCAAGGGAUAUGGGGUGAUCUGUCUCGCUCACUCCUGGGUGUUGACAAGUUGCGGAAAAGGCUUAGCACUGUCCUUCUCGGACAGAUUGCUGCUGAACUACCUAGCUUGAUAGAUGAAAUCGAAAUCAAAUCCAAAGCCUGCCGGAGUCGGCUAGAUAAGUUGGGGGAACCUCGAGCGACCUUGGGCGAACAACGACUCUAUCUACUCCAUAUUAGUCAAUCAUUCCACUCUCUAAUCAAAGCGUCCGUGGAUGGUACGUACAACGAUCCGUUCUUUGAGGACGCGGAGUCUGAAGCCGGCUAUAAAAAGCGCAUUCGGGCCGUGGUACAGAACCUCAACCUAGACUUUGCAGAACGGAUCGCUAGACAAGGUCACCGCCGUCAGAUUGUCGACUCUCUAAACAAGGCUACUGUUCCUAAAAGUGUGACUGCGACUACGAGAGAAGAGUUCAUGGAUCACAUACAGCACCUGAUGCGGAGGACUAAGGGUCGAGAGUUGCCGGGAACCUUCAAUCCCAUGAUAGUGGCAGAUUUGUUCCUAGAACAGUCAUCUCCCUGGGAAGCGAUCACCCGGAGGCACAUCGAAAAAGUCUGGAAGGCCGCUAAAGAAUUCCUUAAUCUCACAACUACCUACAUCGCUGAUAUUGCAACCUCCAAAGCACUCUUCCAAAAAAUCUUUGAGCCUGCUCUAGACCAGUUACUAGAAACUCUGAACGCAAAGAGCACUGAGCUGCUAAUACCGCAUCAGAAAAGCCAUCCAAUCACAUAUAACCAUUAUUUCACAGAAGCGCUCCAGAAGGUCCGGAACGAACGAAGAAAGGAUGAAUACACAAGGAUCGUAAAAGAUUUCUUCGGCGUCUCCUCCAUUGAUUCCCCGUACCCCUCCCAAUACAAAGAUCUCCGGCUGCUCGUGGCAGCUCUCGUGCAACGUACGGAACCCGAUAUGAACCGCUUUGCAUGUUCCGAAGCCCUGGAUUGUAUGGAGGCUUACUACAAGGUUGCUCUGAAACGUUUCGUCGACGAUAUCGCUAUCGAAGUCAUCGAAUCUAAGCUCAUCUCUCCACUUUACGAUAUCUUUUCUCCUAUAGCUGUCACUUCUAUGCCCACAGACCUCGUGACUCGCAUCGCUGGUGAAUCCGAGGAGAAUCGCGCCCAGCGCGAACAACUAACCAGACAAUUGGAUGUUCUCAUGAAAGGCUCCGAAACCUGCAAAAGCUUCAUCGGCGUCAGAGUUCUUGGUGCAGAUGAUAGCAAGAUUCAAAGAGGCAUCUGGUUCAAAUCUGCAAACUAUAAUCCUGGCGACGACGAUGAAGGUUCUGAUGAGGGGUCUGAGGUAGAUGUCAGAUCUCUGUCUGAUAUUUCUUGCGACCCCAGAUGCUCAGCCUUUGAGGAAUCCGAGCCCUUGAGCAGAGAGAUCGCAGACAGUAAAAUGGUGCCCGAUGCCUCAGAAGCCGAACCCGAGCCACCCGCGGAGGGAAAGAAUUCGCUCUUUUCGAGGAAGAAAGACAAGAAGAAGUCCAAACUUGCUGCGAAACGGGCUAUAUAUGAAGAAAUAUAA